CCAAACCCCCUCCUCGUGAGUCUCACUCAGCACAGCAAAGCCAUUCUCUCUUUCUUUCUUUCAUUCAUAAGGAAAAGCCAAAAAAAACCCUGGCCAUCACCACCGCCGCAAGCAGUGGCAUAUUGCCGUCGUCCGUCCGUCUGUCCAUCCAGCUUCGUCUGCUCACCCGCGCUUCCGCCGCCCAAGUGAUUGAAUCCCUUUCUCUUCGCGGAUUGAAGCUCUGCCCCCUUGCUUUUCUUCUGCCGCCGUCGUCUUCUGAACGAUAUGUCUGUUCGGUCUCCGCCCUUGGAAGCUGGCUUGUGACUCGUGACUCGUGAGUCGUCAGUGGUGAAAUGGAGAAGGAAUGACAGUGGUCGUCGUCUGGUCGCCGUCCUGCUAGCCGUCGCGCUCAACUGCUCAGAUCGAAGGAUAUGGAUGUUGGUGGUUCAAUUCGGUCAGAGAAACUUUCCCGCGGCUCAUCAUUAUCCUUACAAGUCAAUAACAACAACGUCCUCUAAGUAUUACAACAACAACACCGCCAUUUUCUUCAAUCCAAACACCCCCAUUUCUCUCUUGAUCCAUGCCAUGCUUUGCCAAUGUCAAAGUACUCAAAACUUGUCUACGAACAUACCUGAAGCUGGGUUUCCCUUCAAUGCAGACACUUCCUUCUUGCUCUUACUCUUCCACAUGGAAACCCCACCUUCCCGGUGCCACACAUGAACCCCAACCACCCCCUUCACCUUCUCCUCCAGUUUCAGUUGAUAUCUUCACAUCAGGUACUAAUAGGGGUUCUCGUAAAUGGGGUUCUUACAGUCCAGGUGAUUUGACUUUCUAUUCCCUUAUUGAGAAUUAUGCCUCUUCCUUUGAUUUUGUGUCCUUGGAGAAGGUCUUAGACCAAAUGAAGCGUGAAAAGAGAGUUUUUAUUGAAAAGAAUUUCAUUGUUAUGUUUAAAGCUUAUGGGAAAGCCCAUUUGCCUGAGAAAGCUGUGGACUUGUUUCGUAGAAUGGAGGUUGAGUUUCAGUGUAAGAAAACUGUGAAGUCUUUGAAUUCAGUUCUCAAUGUGAUUAUUCAGGAGGGUUUAUUCAAUCGUGCAUUGGAGUUUUAUUCUGAUGUUGAUGCAUCCACGAGUUUGAAUAUUCAACCUAAUGUACUCACUUUUAACUUGAUUAUUAAGGCAUUGUGUAAGCUUGGUUUGGUUGAUAAAGCGAUUGAAUCGUUCAGGGAAAUGCCACCUAGGGGUUGUGCUCCUGAUACUUAUACAUAUUCUACAUUGAUGGAUGGGUUGUGCAAGGAGGGUAGGAUUGAUGAGGCCGUUUUGUUGUUAGAUGAGAUGCAGAUUGAAGGUACCUUCCCUACCCCUGCAGUGUUUAAUGUGUUAAUCAAUGCAUUGUGUAAGAAAGGUGACUUGGAGCGCACCUCCAAGCUAGUCGAUAAUAUGUUUCUUAAAGGUUGCGUCCCGAAUGAGAUGACAUAUAAUGCCCUUGUUCAUGGCCUCUGUCUCAAAGGUAAGUUGAAUAAGGCAGUUGAUCUAUUGAAUCAAAUGGUGUCUAAUAAAUGUGUGCCUAAUGAUGUCACGUAUGGAACACUCAUUAAUGGUUUUGUUAAGAAUGGUAGAACUAUUGAUGGGGUUUGUGUGUUGUUAUCUUUGGAAGAGAGAGGCCAUCGUGGGAAUGAGCAUAUUUACUCUUCCCUCAUUAGCGGCUUGUUCAAGGAGGGAAAAUCAGAAGAGGCAAUGCGAUUGUGGAAGGAAAUGGUUGAGAAAGGAUGUCAACCGAAUACUAUUGUCUAUAGUGCUCUUAUAGAUGGUCUUUGUCGAGUAGGGAAGCCAGAUGAAGCAAGGAAACUCCUAGUUGAAAUGAAGAAUAAAGGUUACCUGCCUAAUUCUUUUACUUAUAGCUCCUUAAUGAAGGGUUUUUUUAACAUAGGUGAUAGCCAUAACGCUAUUCUUGUUUGGAAAGAGAUGACUGCUAGUAAUUCUAAUCAUAAUGAGGUUUCUUACAGUAUACUUAUUAAUGGCUUAUGCAAGGAUGGGAAGCUUGUGGAGGCCUUAAUGGCGUGGAAGCAAAUGCUGAGUAGAGGAAUCAAACUAGAUGUUAUAGCUUACAGUUCAAUGAUUCAUGGAUUUUGUAACGCUCAGUUAGUAGAACAGGGCCUAAAGCUUUUUCACCAGAUGCUUUGUCAGCCUGAAACACAACCUGAUGUGGUUACCUACAACAUACUUUUCCAUGCUUUGUGCAUGCAGAAUAGCAUUUCUCGCGCCAUUGAUGUUCUAAAUAUCAUGCUAGAUCAAGGUUGUGACCCUGAUUAUAUUACUUGCGAUAUUUUCUUGCGAGCUUUAAGAGAAAGAGUGAACCCGCCUCAAGAUGGGGCAGAGUUUUUGGAUGAACUUGUAGUCCGCCUAAUUAAGAGACAGAAAGUAGUAGGUGCUUCCAAAACAAUAGAGGUGAUGCUACAGAAGUUUUUACUUCCAAAGGGUUCUACUUGGGCCACAGUUGUAAAACAUCUUUGCAAACCUAAAAAAGUUCGAGAAACCAUUCGGGAAUGUUGGAGCAAGCUGUGUCACUGAUUUCUUGCAUAUGUUAUUGAACUACAGUUUACUUGAAACUUUUGGGAUUUGGAUAGCAUCUGCAGUGUGAUUUUGUUUGUUAUCAUUGUAGGGUUGUCCAAGGUAACAUAAUAUUUGACAACUUUUCUACCUUUUGGGGCUAAAGGGAGCUAUAUCAAGUUGCUGCAGUUGUUUUUGUUGUAUAUAGGCGGUUUGAGAACAUUGCAAACAUAGCUGGUAUAACAAAAGAUCCAUCAAGUGGCAUAUUCACAGGCAUGGUUUUGUAAUUGUGAAUGAGAUCACAUGAUGUUUAUACCAUUGUAUAAGGGGAAUUCCCUUUAUAACCAUUUUUGGUCUCUUGAAGUUGUAAAAUAGAAUUGGUUCCUCUCAAUUUUUUUUUCAUUUGAGAUUGAGUGUAAAGUGUGAUUUCUCACCAUAGAAUUAGGAGAAAACAUGAGAGAAAAUAUUGAAGGGUUAGAUAUUAUAUUUUACAUCUUCAAUUGAGAAAAAAAUUUUGAGAGGAUUUAUUUUCUUGUAAUAUAAUGAGCAGCAUUUACAAGUUUGAACACAAC